GGGGGGGGGGGGCGGCGUGGGUCCUUCUCGGACUCCGGCUCGGACUCGGAGGAUUCCUCGCUCUCGGACUCGGAGCUCCAGGAGGCCUUCGCGAAGGGCGCGCUGAAGCCGGGGCUCAACGUGGUGCUGGAGGAGCGGCCGAAGCGGCGCAAUGACACGGACGGCCUGAAGCAGUGCCUGGCCGAAUUCAGGCAGCAGCUCACGUGGGUGGAAAGGCUGGACGUGACUCUGGGCCCGGUCGCAGACCCCGUUUCUCAGAGUGAUUCUACGUCUGAUGCCGUUGACCCUGAGAAUGAUUUCCAGAGAGAGAUGAGUUUCUACCGGCAGGCGCAGGCGGCUGUGCUGGAAGCCCUUCCCAGGCUGCGUAAGCUCCGGGUUCCCACCAGGCGUCCGGACGAUUACUUUGCAGAGAUGGCCAAGUCAGACCAGCAGAUGCAGAAGAUUCGACAGAAACUUAAGAGUAAACAGGAAGCAAUGGAAAGGUCUGAGAAAGCAAAACAACUCCGUGCAAUGAGAAAAUAUGGCAAGAAGGUGCAAGUUGAGAUUCUGCAGAGGAGACAAAAGGAGAAGAAAAAUAUGUUGAAUGCAGUCAAGAAAUACCAGAAAGGUCUCUCUGACAAGCUGGAUUUUCUAGAUGAAGAUCAGACAUCAUCUCAAGGGAAUAAAAAAGGCAAUGCAAGUCAACGGACAAAGAAGGGACCAAAUGCCAAAAGACGAUAUAAAAAUCAGAAGUUUGGUUUUGGUGGGAAGAAGAAGGGCUCAAAGUGGAACACAAAAGAAAGUUUUAAUGACGUAUCCAGCUUCCAGUCAAAAGUGGCUCACAACAAAGGCCCAGGAAAAGGAGGAAGAGGAGGAAAAGGAGGGAAAAAAGCCCUUAAUAAGAGACCUGGAAAGAGAGCAAGGCAGAAAAUGAAGAACCGAGCCCGCUAAGAGAACUGUGCUCCCCAGUGGGGUUCCUGUGUUUGUGUUGCAAGAUGUGUUUCUGCUGUCAUCAAGCAGCUAACUGUGGAGCAGGCUAGAUGCUUUGCAGUGGCAAGGAAAACAAGUCAGUGGAAACCAGUGCCUUAUCACUAAUUUCAUCUUACUGUCUGUUUUGUUGAAGGAUUGUUUUCUACUUAAACUUUUGGUGUGUGAACGCAUUAAAUGGUUUGCACAGAAGUA